UUGUUCCUUGUUCCAUUUCAGGUAGUUUCAAAAUGGCAUUGAGUACAAGUGUGAAAGUACAUCCUGUAGUCUUGUUUCAAAUAGUCGAUGCUUAUGAAAGAAGAAAUGCAGACGCUCAUCGAGUUAUCGGAACAUUGUUAGGUACAGUUGAUAAAGGUUUUGUCGAAGUUACGAACUGCUUUUGUGUACCACAUAAGGAAUAUGAAGAUCAGGUGGAAGCUGAGCUGAAUUAUGCAAUGGAUUUAUAUGAUCUCAAUCGGAGGGUAAAUACCCAGGAAGCAAUUGUUGGAUGGUGGGCGACGGGUAACGAAGUUACAAGUCAUUCGUCCGUUAUUCAUGAGUAUUAUGCUCGUGAGUGUAACAAUCCUAUCCAUCUGACACUGGAUACAACCCUUCAGGGCAAUCACAUGGGUAUAAGAGCUUAUGUAAAUGUUCCAAUUGGUGUUCCUGGAGGCAAGUCUGGAUGCAUGUUCACACCAGUCAGUGUGGAAGUUACAUGCUAUGAACCAGAGGUUGUGGGAGUACAACUCUGUCAGAAGACCAUGACACUCGGCAAGAAGACAGUUGAGCCCAUGCUCGAUCUUGCCCAGGUAGCUGAAGCGUCCCAGAAGCUGACAGGUCUGCUUGAUAGUGUUUUGGCAUAUGUGGAGGAUGUAUUAGCAGGCCGUACCCAGCCCGAUAAUGCUGUGGGUCGAGCUCUUCUUGAUAUGGUCAACAGUGUUCCCAAGAUGACACCAGAGGAGUUUGAAAAUAUGUUCAACUCUAAUAUUAAGGAUCUGUUGAUGGUGAUAACGCUGUCCCAACUAGUGAAGACGCAACUCCAGUUGAAUGAGAAGCUGACACUUUUGACCACACUGUAAUCAGUUUAUGAAUUUGUAAAUCAUACAGACCACUAUAUGAGAAUUCAAUAAAUUUAUAUAUCUCCAUGUCUCA